GAGCGUGACGACUAUUCCACCAAUGAGAGACGGCGAUGGUGUGAGGCCAGUUUUUUUGCACCUUCUCAGUUUAAGAGCGUGAGGACGGCCUGAAGCCUGAGCUAAAAGGCAUCUGUGAUGGAGGCACGAAAAAACGAAAAGAAUGAAGCCAGAGGUAAGGGAGGAAGCAAAGGUUCACAGUGUGACAGACCAGAGAUCAUAACUCAGGUAGAAAGGAUACCGAAUGUCAAUGCCCUGCCCAAAGCAGUGAAGAGGAGAGUGUAUGCUCUGAAGAGACUGCAAGGCCAGUGUGCUCAUAUAGAGGCCAAGUUCUAUGAGGAAGUCCAUGAGCUGGAGAGAAAAUAUGCUGGUCUCUACCAGCCCAUCUUUGACAAGAGGCGGGCAGUGGUGUCUGGAGCAGUGGAGCCCACCGACGAAGAAUGCGAGUGGCACAGUGAAGGCGAAGAGGAAGAGCUGUCUGAGGAUAUGAAAAAGAAGGCUGCCCUGGAAGAGAAGAAAGAAGAUUCAGCCACUGCCGAAGACCCUAAAGGCAUCCCAGAGUUCUGGCUCACCAUUUUCAAGCAUGUGGACAUGCUGGGGGAAAUGCUCCAGGAGCAUGACGAGCCUAUCCUGAAACACUUGCAGGACAUUACGGUGAAAUUCUCUGCACCCGGAGAGCCAAUGAGCUUCACUUUGGAGUUCCAUUUUGAGCCUAACAGCUACUUCAGCAAUACCAUCCUCACUAAAACAUACAAGAUGAAAUCAGAGCCAGAUUCAGCAGACCCUUUCUCAUUCGAGGGGCCAGAGAUAGUGGACUGUGAGGGCUGCAAGAUAGACUGGCAGAAAGGCAAGGACAUAACUGUGAAAAUUAUUAAGAAAAAGCAAAAGCACAAAGGUAGAGGAACAGUGAGGACCAUCACCAAGGAAGUGCCACAGGAUUCCUUCUUUAACUUUUUUAACCCUGUCAAAGCAUCUCCAGAUGGAAUGGAUGAGGAUCUAGACUUCACUCUUGCCACAGACUUUGAGAUUGGUCACUUUUUCCGAGAGCGGAUCAUCCCCAGAGCAGUGCUAUAUUUCACAGGAGAGGCUCUGGAAGAUGAUGAAAGCUUUGAAGAGGAGGAUGUCGAAGAAGGCGAUGAGGAGGAUGCUGAGGAGGGUGAAGAGGAAGACGAAGGCGAAAUCGACCCCACUGCAUGAAUCAUUUACACUUCCAUGCAUUCCUAGAAAGAGCCUCAGCCAGCAGAGUGUAAGCAGCAGUAAGAACAGAGAUGUCCCUCAGCGUGAUCUCGUCUCCUGCUGGACCUGCCAUAUACCUUUCAAACAAAUGCAAUAGAACUCCAAACACCAUGUAGGAAAUGCAUGAUCAUUUAUGUUUACGUCACACAGAGAUUACCUCUGUAUUCAAAAUAGAGCAUUCAAAAGAAAAAAAGUGACUACAGUUCUACAUCUCACCCUUUUUGACCUAAGGCCUCUUUUGUAAGCUUUUCCGUAUUUGUCUGGAAUUUUUGUUUGAAGAGAUUACUGUGUGUGUGUGUGUUUCCCCCCAGUAUAUUUAUCUUUUCUCAGUUUUUUGUCACUGUUCUAUGACUGGUGACAUUACAGAAUCCUGAAUAUACCCCUGGUGGUUUUCACACUGUAGGUCACUCAGGGUGUUUUUUUUUAAUAUUUUCUUUCACACAUGAAACUGCUGUUAGGUAACUUAUAAUGGAACUGUUCUCUCUGUUACAGCACAGUUAAGUCAGUGUUAAUUUUGGGAGGGCAUCAUACCUAGCCUCAUGUAGCUGGAUGGAAUGGAGUACAGUAACUGAAAGCAGCUAGGAAUUGCCUUCAAGGCUGAGAUCAGUGUCAACAGAACAGAGCAAUCGCUUGCACUGGAGCGUCAGUACUAUUAGAAACACAGUAUAUGCUUCACUGAUUUACGUUGAUCUUAGCCUUGCUAACCAGAACAAGCAUCACUCCUGCACUGACUCUUCUACCGUUAGUCAGAUUUUCAAUGUAUGUGGCCAAUAUGUUGUAUUUUUUUUUUUUCUUUGGUAAGUUCUGAUUUAGCACUGUUUAUUCCUUUAUAUUUGCUUUAACAAGACUAAAGGUUGCCAAUGCAUAAUACCUGCAACAGUACUCUGAGCGAUAGGGGCUUUGUAAAGUUUUCUUCAUUUUGUUUGAUCAGGAGUUUUGGGUGAUAAGGAGCAGGUGAAUGUUAGCCCAGUGGCUUUCUUUUGCACAUCGUACCAUGUUAGACCUCACUAAAAAAAAAAAGAUGUGGAAAAUACAAAGUGCUUAUCACUCAUGUUAGACAACACUGACGUUAAACAAAAAGCACUUUGGUCUGGAUUUUCAACCAGGUUUCUUUUGUUCUGUGAGCAUAACAUUCAUGCAUAGUAUCUUUUUUUUUUUUUUUUUUUUUU